AUGACUGCGAGUCUUCAAGAAUUACAAAUGUUUGUUAUCGAUACUUCCAAUUUAUCACAUUGGCCUAAUAGUCUUUUAAAUCUAUCUAUUAAAUGUCGUCAAUUAACAAGAUUAUUAUUUCAAUAUAUUGUAUUCAAACCGAAUAAACAAUUUCCUUGUUGUUAUUUCAAUUCUAAUAGUAUAUGUACAGAUUUAAUAAAAUGUAUAGAAAUGAAUAAAUUAGAAAAGAAUUAUCUUUUAAAAUUAUCAAAAAAGAAAUCCUAUGAACUUAAACAAAUAUCUACACUUAUUCAAACUAUCUUAUUAUCAGUUGUGAAUAGUACUACAACUACGACGGCUACGACUACUACUACUACUACUACUACUACUACGACGACGACGAAGACAGCGACGCCUACGACUGCCACGACGACGACUACGAUUACUACGACUGCUACGACGACGACGCCUACGACUACUACUAAUAGUAAUAAUAAUAAUAAUAAUAAUAAUAAUAAUAAUGAAUUUAUUAGUUCUUCACAAGAUGCAUUCCACUCUAAUGAAUUUCUACUGAAUAAUGAUGAACAUAUUGGUGAUCAUUUUCAAAAUAUUCCUUUAAUCAGUAAUGAAUCGAUAGAAAAUAGUAUUAUGAUAGAUCGAAAUUCAAGCAUCCCACUUAAGAUUAUUGAUAUUGGUUCUGGAUUAGGCUAUUUAUCUAAUUAUAUUGGUUAUCAUUUAAUACUUAAGUAUGGGGAUUUAUUUACAGAACCUCAAAUUAUUGCAGUUGAAUGUGACGAGAAUUUACAUCGCAAAGCUUUGACAAAUUUAAGCCAAUACAAUUCAAUAUUUCAAGUGAAAUCUUUAACUUCAGUUGUGAAACGAUUAUUAUUUCGUGUUGAAUCGACAAAUUUAGGUUUGUUACAAACAAGACUUCAUCAAUUCACUUCUGGUUAUAAUUACUUAUUACUUGGUUUACAUUGUUGUGGAGAUUUAAGUCAAUCUAUGAUUGAAUUAUUUCAUCAAGAUUGUUCAGCACAAAUUCUACUAUUAGUCGGAUGUUGUUAUCAUAAAAUGACAGUAGAAAAGUUUCCUACAAGUGAUUACUUACGUAAAUCUAUGUUAAAUUGUGAUUGGAACUUUAUUGAAAAAUGUAUUAAACCAGCUACACUACGUUUAGCCUGUCAACAUUCACCAUUAACAUGGUUAAAUUGGACAGAAUUAGAUACAAAUAAACAUCGUAUACGUGUAUUGUCUCGUAUAAUUUUAGAUAUUAUAUUGAUUAAAUAUAACAAUGUAUCUAUGAUAUUUGAACGAUAUAAACGAUUUGAUCCAGUGAUACAAUAUGAUCCAAUCAAGAAAUUAUUAGCUAUGAAUACUAAUCUUCAAUCAAUUCAUUUCAAUGAUAUAUAUCAACAUAUUAUUAUGUUUUGUCAAAACUAUCUAAAAGAUAUUCUAUUAUGUAAUAAUCCAUUAAUUAAUAAUGAUCCAUCUUUCCUAGAAUAUUAUGAUUAUUUUGAACAAAUAUGGAAUAUAAUACCAGGUCUAUUAGCUUUACAACAAUUAUUUCAACCAUUACUUGAAACAAUUAUAUUAUUUGAUCGUUUAUGGUAUCUUAGAGAAUAUGGUAAUAUUCAUGAAAAAUAUAAUCAUGAAGAUUUUUAUCAAUAUUCUGGUUAUAUACGUAUAUUUGAUCCAGUUUUAUCACCACGUUGUAUGGCAUUGUUAGUGUGUAAAAAAAAAAACACAAGGGAGAAUGUAUAUAAGGAUUGAUGAUAUCCUGAAAGAUGAGUAUUGUUAUUAUUAUUAUUAUUAUUAUUAUUAUUAUUAUUAUUAUAAGCUUUAUUCAAUAUUAUAUUUUUGGUACAAUAUAGAAUUCUCAGCAUAAAGUAUUUCAACAGGUUUCCUGUUUCUUAUAUCUUGAUCGAUCCUGAC